AUGGCAGCAUCAAAGCUGCAAAGAAAAGAGGCACCAAGAUCAAGCGCCCGAAGCAGCAAUUUUUGUGAGUGCAAGUUGGAGGGAGCCUUCCUUUUCCUCCUACAUUCCAUUGCUUCCUUUCCCUCCUACAUUCCAUUGCAAACGAUGCCAUAUCAGCCAAUUUGGAUCAGCGGUGUUAAAAAAAAUAUCAUGGGGGGGCAUCAUGAUCUCUGUGAGGAGAGGACAAAGAGAAAAAACAAGAAUAAAGCAACGCAACAAUCCAACACCUUGUUGGACUACACUGCUGUAUCUGCUGCAUCUGCUGCAUCUGCUGCAUCUGCUGCAUCUGCUGCAUCUGCUGCAUCUGCUGCAUCUGCUGUACCUCAGAGGAAAAAGAAAGCGCCACCAAUCAACAUUAUUGCUGGAAGUGUGGGCUACAAUACAAAACAACUCAAUUCAAUGGGUAUUGACAGCAACUUUGUAACAGAUAUGAAGCGGAGCAUUGGCAAAAGAAUGGAUGAGUUGGAGCGCAACCAAAAGCCAUCUUGGGCCUUGGGUCGACAAGCACCACCAAGAAUGAUUAUUGCAACUGAUCUCAUUCUUUCUCAGUUUGAGCACCGGCGCCCCCAGUCUGCUGACUCUGUCCUUCCGCAAACUAAAGGUUUUUUACUGCAAUGA